CUGCAAGCCAAUCGCCACUCGCUGCACGCACGGCAUGAGAUGAGAGCAGUCGAGCCCGGCGCCGUCUUGGAGGUGAAUGUGAAGCGCAUCGAUGGCAGCUCCAGCUCUAUGGAGGUCAGGCCCGAGAUGACGGGCCUUCAAUUCAAGGAGCUGAUCGCGCAAAAGCUGGGCAUUUCCACCGACCAGCGCUUGAUUUGCCGCGGCCGGCCCAUCAAGGAUGACGACCUUGUCGGGGCGCACGUCACGGAGAGCGGACAGAUAGUGCACAUGGUGCAGCGGCCGCCCGCCACCUCGGCAUCUUCCACAGCGGCCCCGCAUGCACCGGUUCAGGUGCACUUUAUGCCCCCGGAGUUCCGCGGAGGCCCGGGCCCCGGUAUGCGGCCCUUCAUGCCGCACGCAAUGCCCGGGGCUCCCACGGUGAUUGGGCCCAUGAUGCCCCCCAUGCCAGCGCCGGGCGGCUUCUACCACCCGCCCCAGAUGUCUGGCAUGCCGCCCUUUCCACACAUGCAGGUCUUCCUUCAGCAAGGCUUCAACCCUCCGCCUCCGCCUGCCGUCCGCGUGGAGGCGCGCGAGGCGGCGCUGGCACCGGACCGGAGCCCGGACCGGCGGGAGCUGCCCUGGCGGGAUCUGCGGCGCUUGCACUGCCACCUCUCCACGGCCCUGGGACGGUCCAACCAGUUCCGUCCGCAGUUGCCGCCGAAUUUGCCGAACGCGACCCCGGAGGCGGAGCUGUCGGCGUUCCUCGCCUCUCUGCACGCGGCCACGUCGCAGCUCGGGGUGGCGGUGAGCGACAUGCAAUCCGCGGUGGGCGAAGGGCAGCGCCCGCAGCGCCUGCAGUUCACGAUGGUCCUGGCCUCUGCUGGCCGCGUCUUCCGGUCCCUGUCCAGUGCGCUGAUGAAUCCCCCUGAGCAGGCGGAGGCGAGAGAUCGAGACGUGCAGCCGCUUUUGGCUAGCACCUGGCAUGCGGUGCCGCAGGUAGGUCGCCCUGAGCACCUGGCGCGGCCCUACCUCAGCGCCUUGCUGCGGGAUCUGCGGCAGUUUCUGCAGCAACAGGACCCAGAAGUCCUGCGCCAGCAUCCCAACCUUCAAAUGGCCCGCGGGCCGCCGUGAGAAUCCCGCAAGUGAGUCGACU